AUGUACGGUCAAACGCGGCCACGAAAUCUGUUUUCUGGUGACGUCACCUGCUUCGAAAGGACGGUACCGCUUGCCACUCAACAAAUGGCUUUUGCCGGUUUUGAAAAAGCAGAAACACUCAUACAUAAUAAGACACAGCUUGAUGGAGUCGAUAUCCCAGCCGUAGAGGUAGUCUUCUCUCUGAAUAAGAACUUCAAACGCGAGAAGCAUCAGUGGAUCUACAGCGAGGCGUCCAAACUUAUCGAUUUUCCAAUAAUUGCAGGUCAUUUCCUUGAUGACUCAAUGGACCGGCUUUCCGUAUCCUUAGAGGCUUUGAGGAUCAUCUCAGCUCCUAUCCAGGCCUCGUCUCAUUCCUCUCUUGGUCUCAUCACCCUUCAGGACCGACUCGUCGAACAUCCUUCCUAUACGUUGGCGCACGUGACACUCACCCACUCGGUCAUCCAACAGUGGCUCUCGGGUGUCAUCAACGUGGCAAAAACUGAUGAGGCGUGCUUUGCGGUGAGUUACGGUGCUUUUUGCUCGAAAGUCCUGGGAACAAUGGCCCAGCUCUAA